AUGGCCUACCAGCACUACAGAGAGACGACACUUGGGCAAGCGUUGAUGGAGAUUCUCGACGAAUAUCUACGAGACGGCGUCAUCACCGAUCACCUCAAGAACAAAACCCUUGCCACUUUCGAUCGAGUGAUCAGCGCGGCCCUACACGACACCGGAAAACACAAGGCGCAAUUCAUCGGUGAAAAGCUCGUCGCCUAUCGAUACUGUGACAAUGUGUGGAGUCUAAUGCUGAAAAACGUGACGUUCAGCGAUCAGACGCGGACUUUCGACUCGAUAACGAUGGUAGAUCGUAUGAAAAUCGUGGCGUUGGAUGGCCGAGAGACGACAUUGGCCGCACGACGCCCACCCGGGACC